GAUGACAACAAUAUUCACGCAAACGCGUAGGUUGUUGUCUUGUCUUGUGUUGUGUGUGUCUUGUAACGAUAACAGCUUCCUUAUUUAGUGGCCAAAAAUCUCUCUCAAAAUCGUACCAAAAAAAGCACUGCAAUUUCGCUGUCGUGGUGGCUUCUUGGCGAAACCUAAUAAAUUCAUACCAAAUCAGAGGCAUUUCUCUCCAUUGGAACGAUCAGCUUCAUCCUCCAUCACGAUCCUCCGUUAUUAUUAUUAGUAAUUAGUAAUUAAUCGAUCAAUUAGUUAGUUAUUAACUAAUUGAUUGAUUAAUUUCUAAGAGUUGAUAAUAAUAAUAAAAAAAAUGGAGGCGAUGGACCUGAGGCGCGUGUUCGAGAUGUUCGAUCGGAACGGGGACGGGAGAAUAUCGGCGAAGGAGCUGAGAGAUUCGUUGGUGAAUUUGGGGAUAGAGAUUCCGGAGAAGGAGCUGGCGGAGAUGAUAGCGAGGAUCGACGUCAACGGCGACGGCUGCGUGGACAUGUCGGAGUUCGGGGAGCUGUACGAGACGAUAAUGGAGGAGCGCGACGAGGAGGAGGACAUGCGGGAGGCCUUCAACGUCUUCGACCAGAACCGCGAUGGCUUCAUCACCGUCGACGAGCUCCGCGCCGUGCUGGCCUCCCUGGGCCUCCAGCAAGGGAAGAGCAUGGAGGAGUGCCGGAAGAUGAUCGUGAAAGUGGAUGUUGACGGAGAUGGCAUGGUCAAUUACAAGGAAUUCAGGCAGAUGAUGAAGGGUGGCGGAGGAUUCACUGCUAUUGGUUAAUCUUCCUUCAUUUCCCUGUUUUUCCAAUGCAGAAUCGAUUACAAAUAUAUAUAUUAUAUAUAUGCAUCCUUUCAAGUUUUCAAUUCGAAUCCGUUCUUAACUUGUAAAUAAGUUUCGUCUUCUAGGAUAAUGAUUUCAUUGAUUCAUUACGUUGAAGGUUUUUUCAUCGUGUUAGAUUUUCAAUGAACUUGUUCCAAUUCACUUCCACCUCAUAUAUUUUGCUCUAAGCAGUUUCAAACACUGGUUCAAUUCUUUUAA